AUUAUCCCCGUAGUUUAAAAUUAUUAUACUGUAUAGACAUAUAUAUUUUUAUACUGAAGUACUUUGUUGUAGUUUUUAAAAUAAAUAGUUAUAAUAAUAAUUAAUAACAGAAACUACUAUUAUUUUCGCACUAUUGUAACAAAUAUUGAUAUUGAUAAAUAAAUAAAUAAACAGAAUAUAAAGUGAGAAUAUAAAUUAAUUAAAUUUAAAAUAAAAAGUUAACGUGCUCGGCUAGACGUGAGCGACACAGAUCGAUACCAGGGCAUAUACAUAAGGGUUUUAUCUUUUUUAUACGGAUUAGGUAGGUCUUGCAGAUUCUGACAUUAUCAAUGGGUAGAACUGAUAUGUCUAAAACACUUAAUGCCUAUAGAAUUAAAAAAAUAGAACAUAUUGGCAGAAUGACAGCCAUGACGCAAGAAGAAAUAGUUGCUGGUGCCCGGACAGUGGCCCAGGGUCUGGAAGCUCUGCGUGUUGAGCACACGGGACUUCUUCAAGGACUGCAGUCUCAAGAGGCACCUGAGGCUCGUGAUAAAGCCAGUCUGCUGUGUAAAAACAUUGAGAUGAUUGAGCUGGGUCUGGGUGAAGCUCAGGUAAUGAUGGCCCUCGCGAGUCAACUACAGAUGGUCGAGGCUGAAAAGCAAAAAUUACGUACACAAGUUAAGAGGCUUUGUCAAGAAAACGCUUGGCUGCGUGAUGAACUUGCUGGUACUCAACAAAAGUUACAAGCCAGUGAACAAGCUGUUGCUCAAUUGGAAGUGGACAAAAAACAUAUGGACUUUAUGGAAAGUAUGAGACAAUAUGAUCCAGAUCCACCAGCAGACGAUGAAAAUGCUAAAGACAGACCAAAAGAUGAUCCGGUUGUUGACUUGUUCCCCGAUGAAGAAGGGGACGAACGAAACAGUAAGUCAAUGUCGCCAACGCCGCCGUCACAAUUUGCCCAGCAAGUUAACGCCGGGUAUGAAAUACCCGCCCGUCUACGUACACUACAUAAUUUAGUAAUACAGUACGCAAGUCAAGGCCGGUAUGAAGUUGCAGUACCACUGUGCAAACAGGCACUCGAGGACCUUGAGAAAACUUCGGGUCACGAUCAUCCGGACGUAGCAACAAUGUUAAAUAUAUUGGCGUUAGUUUACCGCGACCAGAAUAAAUAUAAAGAAGCGGCUAAUUUGUUAAACGACGCGCUGGCAAUUCGUGAAAAAACUCUGGGAGAAAAUCACCCGGCUGUCGCCGCAACGUUGAAUAACUUGGCUGUGUUGUAUGGAAAACGCGGCAAAUACAAGGAAGCUGAGCCGCUUUGUAAACGUGCGCUGGAGAUACGUGAGAAAGUAUUGGGCCGCGAUCAUCCGGACGUUGCUAAGCAGUUAAAUAAUUUAGCGCUUCUCUGUCAGAACCAGGGUAAAUAUGAAGAAGUGCAGAGAUAUUAUCAACGCGCGUUAGAAAUUUAUGAAGCUAAAUUGGGUCCUGAUGACCCCAAUGUCGCUAAAACUAAAAAUAAUUUGGCGUCUUGUUAUCUGAAACAAGGAAAAUAUAAAGAUGCUGAAGUUCUGUACAAACAAGUAUUAACUAGAGCACACGAAAGAGAAUUUGGUGCUAUCGAUGGUGAUAACAAACCUAUUUGGCAGGUCGCGGAAGAACGAGAGGAAAACAAACACAGAAAUAAAGAGAACGCACCUUAUGGAGAAUACGGCGGGUGGCAUAAAGCCGCGAAAGUUGACUCGCCGACGGUAACCACGACGUUGAAAAAUUUGGGAGCUCUUUAUAGAAGACAGGGAAAAUACGAAGCCGCUGAAACGCUCGAAGACUGUGCACUGAGAUCACGCAAGGAACAUUUGCAGCAGGCACUAGAUCUAGUAAAACAAGCUAAAGUCGCACAAAUACUCGGUGAUGAAAAAGGCACAACAAGACGUGGCUCGCGUUCAAGUCUCGCGAACAGCGAGCACGAGCAGCACGACGAGGGCUCGCUGCCGCUGGUACAGAAGUCACUUCACGAUGGACAGUCCACCAACAGCGACACUAGUUCUAAUAAACCCGGGUUCAAAAAUAAAUUCUUCCAUGUUUUCGGUAUUAAUUCAAACACGUAGGACUUUUAUUACUAUUUUUAUUAUUAUUAAUUAUUAUUAUUAUUAUUUAAUACAAGCACGAAAUAGCCGUAAUGUUUUUUUAAUACGCAAUCUCAUAUGUCUUAAUUGUAAUUGUCUUUAUUACUUCAUUUAAUUUUUAAUUAAUAUCAUUAUUUAUAGUAUUUUUAUUUUAAAUAUUAUUGGAUACUCAUAUUUUGUUUUUUAUUAAUUAUUAAUUACGUGUCUGUUAGAUAUUUAAAUAAAUAUGAGUAAUUCAAUUUAAUAACUAAUUAAUAAUUAAUGACGAUAGGUGCUUAUAAUUGUGCAUUUGCCUUAAAGAAAAAUUAAUUAUAAUUACAAACAAUUAAGACCAGUGAUAAAUUUAUUAAUAAUUAACAUUAUUUAUUAAUAAGAUCUGAUUAAUUAUUUACAUUAAUAGAAAAUAAUAAAAAAAAAAGUAUAAAAUCUAAAUUAAUAAUGUAGACAUUUAAAAAUAAAUUAGGCAGUAAAGUUGAAAAUUAUUUUAUAUUGAAUACGUCUCAGGUACACUUGGUUAUUCAUUUUAAUAGAGAUGUAUAUUUUUAAUUGUGCUUUUUACAACUAGCAUUUAAUGAAGUUGCUUUUUUAAAUUUCUAUAUUAAUUAAAAUAUGAUAAUAAAUAAAUAUAAUAGAAUGUUUUGAUAAAAUUAACGCAUCGUGUUUCAUUUACUUCCAAUGAACGCUCAAAAAAAAAAAAAUUAUUAAGACUUUGAAUUUUAUUUGUCAAUUAUUGAAACACUUUGCUUACUUUUAUUAAUAAAAAUAUAUAAAUUAUAAUAAAUGAUAUUAAUAAUUGAGAUUAUUUUAUAAAUAUUUAUAUUUUAUGGCCUUUUAUUAAAUAUAUAAGUGAUAUAAUGCAUUAUAAGUACGUGAAUAAUUGUUUUAUCGCGAGUUAAAGAAGUAGUGCCUUGAUACUUUAAUAAAAUAAAUUAUUUUACAGAAAAAAAAAAUAAAUAAAGUUUAUACUGUCUGAGUAAUUAAUGUUCCUCGGUUAAUAAAUGGAAUUAAUCGAUGUAUAAAUAAUAAAUUUUUGUUGCUUACGAUGCACGCAUAAAUUUUUUUACCACAAGUUAUUUUCGCGAUGCGUUGUCGUUUUUUUUUUUUUUUUUUAAUUUUUGUUCGCUUAAUUGUAAGUAAACGCGGGCCCGGGGCUUAGGUACAGUCAGUUGAUGGGACGAAGUAAGAAGAUUAGAUCAAAGGAGGCUGUCUGAUGGAAAUCCAAAUGACUUGAGAAAUUUAAGCUGGACAGAAUCGGAAGUAAAGUGCACGGAGGAUUCAUCACAUUAAUGAUUAAUGAAGACUAAUGAUUAAUGGAUCACUAAAAAUAAUAAAAUAAGUGUCAAGUGAGCGAAAGUAAGGAUGAAAAAAUCCAAGGUGGUCUCGAUAACCAAACGACGUUUUUAUUUAAUUCUUUUUUUACAAAUAUUUAAAAAUAGCGAAAACGUCGGUUCGAUGUCUAACCUAGGCUGGAUUGUUCAUUAAUGCAUAUUAAUAAUAAUAAUACAUUCCAGAAUUGCUUUCAACGAUAAUCGCGGCGUAAAUUGCACUACAGGUGAUCAAUUUAACACUUAAAUAAAAAUAUAAAACAAAAAUAAAUUAAAUAAUAAAUAGUUUUUAAAAAAUAAACAUUAAAAAAUUCCCGAUUUGUUAAUUAAAUUAUAAAAUCUGGAAUGGGCUACGCGGUGAAUUGAUUAAAAUCUGCUUCGACUGGAAUUUUUAAUCAAAAAAACAAAAAUAUAAUAGAAAACAUUACACAUGUUAUUUGCACUUGAAAAAUUUUUUUUU